AUGAAGCAUUUUCUAAGAGCCCUGACUCAGUUCUUCUCCUUCCUGUACUGUAAGUUCCUCUGGAGAACCCUCAAGUUCGUGACCAGGAAGCUGACGGGCCGCUGCGAACUGCAGCGCAUCUGCCACAGCAACAAGCCUGGGGCCAAGAGGACGCUCAAGAUCGAGCAUUCUCUGAAGUCCUCCAAAAAUGAGGUCCUGCAGUCUGCCGUGGCUGCCAACCCAGAUGCUGUGGAGAAGAUUAUCGAUGAGAUCCUGGACCUGAAGAAGAUCAGCCCAGAUGUGAACCUACAGCUGGGCAUCUCGCUGCAGGCCAGCUUGCUGCAGAUCAUUGGCUACCGGGGCCUGGUGACCGAGGUGGAGAAGCUGCGGAGGGAACCGUACGACUGUGAGAACGACAAUCACGAAGACAUGCUGUUGAAGCUUUGGAAGUCCCUGAGCCCGGAGGUGCCUCUGACUGGCCGCAUCUCCAAGCAGUGGAGUGACAUCGGUUUCCAGGGUAGCGACCCCAAGACUGACUUCCGAGGAAUGGGCCUUCUUGGACUGCAUAAUCUGCUGUAUUUUGCAGAGCAUGACAAGGCCACAGCAAUGCAAGUACUCCAUGACUCUCAGCAACCCAAACACAGCAAGAUGAACAAGGCGGAUUGGGAGAAGCUCAGCUUUGACAAAGCCAUCGGCUUCUCGUUUGCCAUCGUUGGCAUCAACAUCACGGAGCUGGUGUACUCUCUGUUGGUGAGCGGCGCUCUGAAGACCCACAUCUACAACGUGGCACCAGAGAUGCCCAGCCUGGUGCACUUCCAGCAGACCUUCUGUUACCUCAUGCAAGAGUUCCACAAGUUCUGGAUCAGCGAAAACCCCUGCGACAUCAUGGAGUUCAACCGCAUCCGCGAGAAGUUCCUGCGCAGGGUCAACAAGCAGCUGAAGAACCCCAACAUGGCGCUGUGCCCCAACUCCCCCGCCUCUGACCUGCACCUCAUCAACCUGUGA